UGGGCAGCCCCUGUGCUGACACCAUGGUGCAGUGGACAGCCGAGGAGAAGCAGCUCAUCACCGGCCUCUGGGGCAAGGUCAACGUCGCCGAGUGCGGUGCCGAGGCCCUGGCCAGGCUGCUGAUCGUCUACCCCUGGACCCAGAGGUUCUUCGCCUCCUUCGGGAACCUGUCCAGCCCCACUGCCAUCAUUGGCAACCCCAAGGUGCAGGCCCAUGGCAAGAAGGUGCUCACCUCCUUCGGGGAAGCUGUCAAGAACAUGGACAACAUCAAGAACACCUUUUCCCAGCUGUCCGAGCUGCACUGCGACAAACUGCACGUGGACCCCGAGAACUUCAGGCUCCUGGGUGACAUCCUCAUCAUUGUCCUGGUUGCCAACCACGGCAAGGAAUUCUCCCCCUCCUGCCAGGCCGCCUGGCAGGAGAUGGUCUGUGUGGUGCCCCACGCGCUGGCCCACAAGUACAACUGAGCCUCCUGGGAUCCU